CUUUAUCUUGUACUAUGGCUUCUCAUCCCUUCACUAUCAGCUUCUUCUAUGGCUUUGCCUUCUUGUUUCUAUCAUCUCCUUCAUUCAUUCACUACUCAUUUGUCACCGGAGAAAUCUCCGGCGAUUUCCGACAUGUCGUCAAACUCACCUCGUUGUUGCCUGCGCCAAUGUGUGUGUCAACCAAAGAUUCAAUGGCUACUGGCACGCGGCUAAAGCUUGUCCACCAACACGGUGCAUGCUCACCAUUGAAACAAACUAAAAAACUAAACCACAAGCAAAUCCUCACACAAGAUCAAUAUCGUGUAAAUUUCAUCCAAAAUCAUCGUCGUUCAUCUACCACCACUAUUUAUUUAAAUAAAACCCAAAUUUCCCCUAUCACGGAAACAAAAAUCCCAGCUUACAAAGGCUAUUCUUUCUCAACCUCAAACUACAUUGUAAACAUUAGUUUCGGCACUCCAACACACGACUUCACCGUUGUCUUCGACACCGGAAGCGAUGUUACCUGGAUCCAAUGCCAACCUUGUGCCGUCCAUUGUUAUCACCAACAAGAGCCAAUUUUCGACCCAACUCAAUCAUCAACUUAUUCUAAUGUGUCUUGCUCCGCACCCGCCUGUGCGGAGCUAGACGUAUCUGGUUGCUCUGGUACCACUUGUCUUUACGGUGUUCUUUACGGGGACAAUUCUACUACUAUAGGUUUUUUUAUGCCAAAGACACUCUCACUCUUUUCCUCCUCCGACAUUCUCCCCGGCUUCUUCUUUGGUUGCGGAGAGAAUAACACAGGCCUCUUCGGAGAAACUGCCGGUAUCCUCGGCCUCGGGCGAGGCCCGACGUCUUUAAUCUCUCAAUCUAUAACCAAAUAUAAUGGCGUCUUCUCUUACUGCCUCCCUGCUACCACCUCCUCCGCCGGCUACCUCACCUUCGGCGGCGAAGCUCCGGCGAACUUCAACUGCACUCAAAUGCUCACUAAUUCAUCAAUGCCCACCUUCUACUUCCUUGGUCUUCAAUCCAUCAGUGUGGCCGGAACAAAGCUCUCCAUUUCUCCGACCGUGUUCUCCAACCCCGGAACUUUAAUAGACUCCGGCACUGUCAUUAGCCGGCUGCCGCCGGCGGCAUACUCUUCUCUCCGGGAUGCAUUCCGGAAACAGAUGGCAAAGUAUCCCAUGGCGCCAGCAUUCCAAUUACUUGAUACCUGCUAUGACUUAUCAAGCUAUGAGACGGUGGACAUUCCGACGGUGUCGUUGGAGUUCACCGGCGACGUGGUGGUGGAUUUGGAUCUCUUCGGAAUAGUGUUCGUUGUGAGUUUGUCUCAAGUUUGCUUGGCCUUCGCCGGAAAUAGUGACGCCGGCGAUGUUGGGAUCAUUGGGAAUGUUCAGCAACGUAAAAUUGGUGUGUUUUAUGAUGUGGGAAACAAAGUCAUUGGGUUUGGUUCAGGAGCUUGUGAUUGAUCAUGUCUAAUUAUAUUUAAGUGUGUUUAAUUACUGGAAUAAAUGGGAUUAAUUAAGGUUUCUUCUUCAAA